UGUUCAGCACUUGAUCAAGUUCAGCUCCGAGCUCUCCGAACAAACGUUAUCCGCUAGCGCUUGGUGAAGAGUUUUUUCUUAGUCGACGGUGGAUAGUUGCUUUUCCAUUAUAGAUUUCACCCCCACGGGGACGGCAGAAUGGCUGGCAAUCUGUGCACGCUCCUGAUUGCCCUGUUUGCGGGCACGGUGUUGGCCACCACCACUCCGCAAGAAUACGACCUGGUGUGGGAGAAGAAGGCCGCGGCUUCGAGCGCAGGCGGCGGAGUGGCCGUGGACCAAGCCACUGGAAAUGUUUACUCAACGAGCACAUCGUGGACGACGGCAGGCACCGGCAGCAAGUCGGUGGUGGUGACCAGUCGCUCCUCCGCCGGAACCGUUCUGUGGACGAAGAGCCAUUCGAAGGCAUCCGCCACGCUCACCAGCUCCUUGUUCGUCAGCGGUGGUCAUGUGUACCUGGCCGGUAACACGCUGGACGCAUCCAGCAGCACACAGAAUGCGUUUGUCAUGUGCCUGAACGCCGUUGACGGAACGCAGCUCUGGGAGAAGACGCACAGCGGCGCCAAGGUGGAGGCGAUUGCUCUGUCCAACGACGGCGCUACCCUAUAUAGUACGGGCGCGCAUACGGUGAGCGGAGUGCUGCGCUCGUUUGUACGCAUGAUGAGCACUACCACGGCAACCACCGCGUCCACGUUCACGAUCGGCACGGCAACCUUCAGCGCUCACACCGUCGCCGUGGACACGGCGGGACGCGUGGUGGUCGCUGGCGGCAACACGAAUGGCACGGCGGUCACCGCGACGACCGCGGCGUACGCCAUGGCGUUCACAGUCACCAGCGCUGGCGCCACCAAGGCCUGGGAGCUCAAUGUGCUGCCGUCGUGGACGGGAUUGGCGUCCGUGCACAGCAUCAGUGUCAUCAGCACCAGCAAGACUCUGGUUCUCAGUGGCACGGCGUUCAAUCGCAACUCCCCGCUGGUGUUCUACAGCACCGUGCAGCCGAGCACCGGCGCUCUGCUGUCGCACACCGCCGGCCAGUACGGCACUGUCAUCGGUCUGGAGACGCUUGACGACGCGGCCGGGCAGGGCCUCGACGGGCCCUACAUUGCCGGGCAGGAGCAGCAUGGGCGCUACUUUGUCUACAAGUACAGCGCUCGCAUGCACAAGAUCGACCGCUUCGUCUUUCCCGCGCCAGGCACCGCCGUGCCGUUGCCAGUCUCACUGACCGACUCGGCUCUCUACGUGACGACAAGCGGCGGUCGCCAAUCGGCACAGGCUAUCUACAUUGCGGGCACCCAGACCGCAAGCACUGGCUCGGUAGCCAUUCUCAGAAAGCUCCUGCUUGUUGAUAACUGCAACGCCGGCCAGUGCAGUGUUCCGCAAGGCCACUGUAUUGACUUCAUCAACAGCAGCGUGUGCCAGUGUCAGCCAGGAUACGCAGGGUUGGACUGUUCGGUGAACGUGGACGAAUGUGCUAGCUCGCCGUGUCUCAAUCAGGCAACCUGCCAAGACCUGGUCAACAUGUACAAUUGCACGUGCCGACCUGGUUUCCAUGGAGACCGAUGCCAGAGUGCCACUAACGACUGCCAGUCGAGUCCGUGCAUGAACGGCAACUGUCGCGACACGCCGUCGGGCUACUCGUGCGUGUGCCAGACGGGCUGGACGGGCCAGAGGUGCGACGCCAGCGUGGACGAUUGUGCGCGUGUCAGUUGCGGUCCAGGACAGUGCAUUGACGGCAACCAGUCAUAUGCAUGCAAGUGUCCAGCUGGCUACAAGGGUACACACUGUGAAGUGAACAUUGAUGAAUGUGCAUCCAACCCAUGCACUAACAAUGGAGUGUGUGUGGACAAGGUGAAUGCAUUCCAGUGCCAGUGCCCAGUGGGUACACACGCUCCGAUCUGCCAGGACCUGGAUGACGCCUGCGCCAGGACACCGUGUGCUAACGGCGGCAUUUGUACGGAUCUCAUCAACGACUUCAAAUGCACAUGUGCCACCGGUUACACUGGCAGAAGAUGCGAGGCGUUCGUUGACACAUGCAAGAGCAACAACUGUUCAUCGGGCUCGACCUGCCAGAAUGUCAAGGGCAAGUACUACAACUGCUUGUGUCAGCCGGGCAUGGCCGGAAAAUUCUGCAGCGUUGAUGUUGAUGAGUGUGCAAGCAGCCCAUGUAAGAACGGUGCAACUUGCCAGGACCUGAUUGCUCACUUCAAGUGCAAGUGUCCAGCCACACACAACGGAAUACUUUGCGAUACCAAGAUCCCGUCCACGACUGUUGCACCUGUUAUUACAACCGAGAGCAAGGACUUCCCCAACAUCAUCGACGUUGGUAAUGCGGACCAGGUGGCUGACCUGAUCCUGGAUAAGCUCACCGUAGAUGAGCUGUCACCGAGCGUGAUCAACGAGGUGGCUGAUCACAUUGCUGACCUGCUGUCGCUGCGCGGCGCUAGUGCAGCAUCACAGGACAAGGCCCUGCAGGCCGUCGACUCCGUCCUGACGGCCAGCCCGGACGCGCUGCGCAGCAGCAAGGACGGCGCCAAGAACAUCUCGGUGGCGCUGGAGGGCUUUGGCGGCACCUACCUGCACGGCAAGCCAGACGGAAACAGCUUCUCCAAGCCAAUGGAGAACAUAGCUAUCAGUGCUAAGAAAGUCUCCCGCCAGUCCUUCACCGGCAUUCGCAUGGGCGUCUAUCGGCAUUCCGGCGGCAAGGGCAAGCUCAUGCUGGCCAACACCAGCGCCACGCAUCACGCGCCCAGCCGACCAGCGGGCAGCGGCGACGAACUCGCCGACAUCACCGUACCGCGUGAACUGCUCAACACCAACAACCCCAGCGUGGUCAACCUGGUUCUCUACGACGACGACAAGCUGUUCGUACGCAAGACCGUGCCGGACUCGGAGAGCAUUGUGUCCCCGGUGGUGGCGCUGAACGUCAGCGGAAUUGACCACGCACACCUGGCCGAGGACGUGGUGUUCACGCUCAGGCACGACGCGUGCGCCAUCAAUGUGACAUGCGAACAUCGAUGCGUUCACUGGAACUACGAGAAGAGAAUGUGGUCUAGCGAAGGGUGCCGCAAGAUUUUCUCCAAUGUGACCAGCACCAAGUGCAGCUGUGAGCAUCUCACAAACUUUGCCAUCCUGGCCAGCUACUCGCCAACCAUGGAUGAGCACACGGAGACGCUGUCCAUUAUCAGCUUGGCCUGUGGUAUCCUGUCGAUGAUCGGGCUGGGAUUGACCUGCAUCGUCAUUGCACUGUUCAAGAAACUACGCGGUAUGAGUGCCAUGAAGAUCACGUUCUGCUUCAGUUUCUGCAUGUUCUGCUCACUGCUCUUCCUGCUGGUGGGCGCGGAGAGCACCGGCAGCAACACCACGUGUCACGCCAUGGCCAUCCUCAUGCACUUCUUUGUCCUGGCAACUAUGUGCUGGUCGUUGGUGAUGGCCAUCAACCUGUACCGCAAUCUGGUGACAAUUUUCAGCCGCAAGUCCAAGAACAUCAUGAACUACUACCACUUGAUCGGCUGGGGUAUUCCUUCCUGUAUGGUUCUGAUUACCAUCUUGGCUGAGUUUGCUGGCCACCAGGACGUCUACGUCUCGAAGCACUACUGUUGGUUCAAGAGCAGCUCUUGGUACUUCGGCACCUUCAUCGCUGAGAUGGGUGCUAUUUGGCUGGUCAACAUAGUUGUCUUCAUACUGGUACUCAGGACCUUGAACCGCAAGAGCAUCUCCAAGUACGACGUCAAGAAGGGCCGUGCUCAGACCAAGAUCAACUUGACCAUCUUCAACCAGCUGAGCAUCGUCUGGGUGUUUGCGUUCGUGGCUCUGGCCAGCACAGGCACCACUGCGCGCAUCUUCGAGUACCUGUUCGCCAUCGCCACCACGCUGCAGGGCCUGGGCGUGUUCGUGCUGUGCGUGGUGCUGAACCGCGAGAUACGCAACACGGUCCGCGAGACGGCCAUCUCCACCGGCCUGCUCUCCACCAGCAGCAGCAGCGGCGGCAGCUCCUCGCUGGGCAAGACGCGCAGCACCUCGGCGGGCGCCAGCCGCUUCAGCCGCAUGAGCCGCUUCAGCCGCACCAGCCUGGCCAGCCUCAACAAGCCGUUCAGCAGCCUGUCGCGCAAAGACAGCCAGCGCAGCAACGGCAGCAGCAAGAGCGGCGAAUCGGCUUCCAAUGGCAGUGUUGUCCUGGGCAACGACAGCCUGCGCCGCAACUCGUCGCUGAACCGCAAGGACUCGUUCGGCACGUCGACGCUCGGAAGACACAACGAGCACGAGGAGACAAUGAUGAUGGCCGGCAACGCAGCCAUCACCAACCCGCACUUCAAGCAGGCUCCCGACAGCACCAGCGAGUCUUCCUCCGUCGCCUCGGCAUAAACUGUCAAUGGCCAGAAUAGCCGACUGCAUGUCACAGGCAUGAGCGUGCUGUGUCUGUGUGGAGUGUCUUGCUCUGCACAGAUGUCCAAGUUCAUCAUAAACUGCAAAUGCCCAGAAUAGCCCGCUGCAUGGCAGGCAUGAGCGUGCUAUGUCUGUGUGGAGUGUCUGCUCUGCACAGAUGUCCAAGUUCACCAUAUCCUCGUAGUCGAAGAUCUGAUCCAAACCGGGGUCAUAGAGCCAUUGUCAAUCCUCUGCAAUUUGUUCACGCUUAGUUUGAUCUGUCCUCAAUUGGCAAGCUUUCUCCUUCUCUAAUUUCGUCCACAUCAAUCCUUUUUUUCGACCAAAGAUUUGUUGUAGCAGCAUUUGCUCACUAACUGAUUAGGUAUCCAGCGAUCAUUGACACAUGUUCACACCUAGCUUGACUUGAUAUUUGCCGAUAAGUAUAUUCAUGACUUUCAUAUGUUCAAAUAUUUUCGAAGUAGAAGCAGGUCUUCUCGUUUCUUUCCCUUUCACACCAAUCACUUGCAAUCCCUAUUGUUCAGGGUACUUGUGACACUUGAAUUCUUCCUUUGGACUUUCCCCCUUCUUGUGCCCCCCCCCCUUUCUCUCUCACUCUCUAUUUCCGCUGCAGCACGCAUUCGUUGAUAAUUGUUGUAGACUGCAUAAUCUAGAAAACUGUCACACAGCGUGGUCCUUUCUGCUCUCCUAAAUUCAUUAUUGUUUUCACACACCGUAUGCCAUCAAGCAGGGCUUGCAGUAUUCGUUUUCUAUUUUGUAAAUUUUCUAUUGUGUUUGGACAAUCAAGGUUUUUGCUCGCCUUGUGAACGCACUCGAGUGCAGCUCUUCUUAACGCAAUUCUUCCUGAAGCUACAUGCCCAACCAUACUGACGCACUACUACCUGGAAGUAGUCUUAUUACUACUACUACCUGGAAGUAGUCUUAUUACUACUACUACCUGGAAGUAGUCUUGUUAUUCCAAUACUAGUAGUAGUGUAGUUGUAGAUGAUGAAAUUAUGACUCUGGAAGAAAUAAGACAA